GAUGGGGAGUUUGCAGUGACCCACAUGACCAAGGCCCACCUCUUCUUCACGGGUACCGUGCACUGGGUGCCCCCGGCCAUCUACAAAAGUUCCUGCAGCAUCGACGUCACCUUCUUCCCCUUCGACCAGCAGAACUGUAAGAUGAAGUUCGGCUCCUGGACUUACGACAAGGCCAAGAUCGACCUGGAGCAGAUGGAACAGAUGGUAGACCUGAAGGACUACUGGGAGAGUGGAGAGUGGGCCAUCGUCAACGCCACGGGCACCUACAACAGCAAGAAAUACGACUGCUGUGCAGAGAUCUACCCCGACGUCACCUACUACUUCGUCAUCCGCCGGCUGCCUCUCUUCUACACCAUCAACCUCAUCAUCCCGUGCGUGCUCAUCUCCUGCCUCACCGUGCUGGUCUUCUACCUGCCCUCUGAGUGCGGUGAGAAGAUCACGCUGUGCAUCUCCGUGUUGCUGUCCCUCACCGUCUUCCUCCUGCUCAUCACUGAGAUCAUCCCGUCCACCUCGCUGGUCAUCCCACUCAUCGGCGAGUACCUGCUCUUCACCAUGAUCUUCGUCACCCUGUCCAUCGUCAUCACGGUCUUUGUGCUCAAUGUGCACCACCGCUCCCCCAGCACCCACAACAUGCCCCACUGGGUACGGGUGGCCCUGCUAGGCCAUGUGCCCCGGUGGCUGCUGAUGAACAGGCCCCUGCCUCCCAUGGAGAUCCAUGACCCCCAAGCUCCAAAGCUUAGUCCUACUUAUCACUGGCUAGAGACCAAUAUGGAUGCUGAAGAGAGGGAUGAGGCAGAGGAGGCAGAAAAGAGAUGUGUGUGCAUAGGCCUCCCAGCCCCUUCCAUGGGUGUCCUCCAUGGCCAUGACUGUCUGCACCUGGAAGCCUCAGGGCCCAAGAUCAUGGCACCAUCGGGGGAGAAUGAGAUCUUGCUGUCACCUCAGAUCCGGAAAGCACUGGAAGGUGUGCACUAUAUUGCAGACCACCUGAGGUCUGAGGAUGCUGACUCUUCGGUGAAAGAAGACUGGAAGUAUGUGGCUAUGGUUGUCGACCGGAUAUUCCUCUGGCUGUUCAUCAUUGUCUGCUUCCUGGGGACUGUUGGGCUCUUCCUUCCCCCAUUCCUAGCUGGGACGAUCUGA